CCUGCUGUGUCAGAGACACACCGGGCCCAGGUGAGAGAAGGUCGUCUGAAGUCAUGUUAGGAGGGCUUCGUUUUCCAUGUUGGUGUGUCAACUUUUCUUUUUUAAUGUAGUUAAAACAACAAAGAGAAGGUGGACAACCCAAACAGGUCACACAGCUCUCUGGGAUGAGGAGAGAUCUUAGGCUGGUCCUGCUCCUGCUGCUGUCUGCAGCUUUAGAGUCCCACAGUAUGUCUCCACCAGGCAAGCCGGUCCUGCUGGGCUGCAGGUCCCCUGAGAAAGAGACAUUUACAUGCUGGUGGGAGCCAGGUCCAGACGGAGGUUUGCCCACAACACACCGCCUCUAUUAUGAGAGAGAAAGAUUGGAGGGAAUACACGAGUGUCCAGACUAUCAGUCUGCCGGCAAGAACUCCUGUUUCUUUGACAAGAACCACACCUCCAUCUGGGUGGACUACUUCUUGACGGUGGUGGCCUUUAAUGACCUUGCAAAUGCCACUUCAGACCCCCUUAAGAUAGAUGUGAUGGAAAUUGUGAAGCCCGACCCUCCUGAAAAUGUGACUCUGCUGGUGAAGGACAUGGAGGACAGUCCACAUCUUCAUGUCGGUUGGCAGCGUCCACAAAACACAGACACCGAGUCCGGCUGGGUCACAAUUAAAUAUAAACUAAGAGUCAAACAGGAAAACAACAAGAAGUGGAAGGAGUACAUGUCAGGCACACAAACUCAUUUCAGCCUGUACAGCGUCAGUCCCGGGGUGGAGUACACAGUUCAGGUGCGCUGUAGGUUAGACCACGGCUUCUGGAGUGAGUGGAGCAACACUUCCUAUGUGAAAAUCCCAGACUAUCUUCAGGACCAGAGACCUUUUGGGAUUUUGGUUUCCACCCUCUGUGUAAUCACAUUUAUAGCAACAAUGUGUAUCUUGGUAAUGAAGAGAAAAUACUUGAAGAAGUGUUUUCUGCCACCUGUUCCUGGUCCAAAGAUAACUGGAGUUGAUUUUACACUUCUCAAGAGUGGGCCAACCGAAGACGUGAUCAAUGCCCUGAACCAGAACUUUCCUCUUAUGGUGGCCUGGAAGGAUCAGAUGGAGGACUACUUAAUUGUCACUGAAAAUGACAUCGGACUUGAGCCACAUCCCUUCAUCUCUCAAAAAAGGAAGAAUAGCUCAACGUUUUCUUCUUUUGGUUUCUGCUUUCACCCUGAAAUCCAAAGCCAGGAUUCAAGACCCAGCCUAAACGAGCAGGAGGAAGCAGGAAAACGAAAGCAUGAAAUACAACAUUUUGUAAAAAGCAACAAGUCUCUCUCAGGGACGAGUUUAUCAAACGUAGAGAAAACACAGCAGUGUAGUCACAAACAGCAGGGCACAAUUAUAAACUUUGGUAUCACAGAAGCAACACAACAGAGUCGGUCACACCACGACAACACUGUCGAACCGCUCACAGACAGCGGUUAUGUGGAUAUUCAGAGACAUGAGGAAAACACAGAGGAGGUGGAUGUGAAAACGCUGCAGUACAGCAGAGUGAAAGAGAUGAACUCUGACAAUACUCUCAUCCUGGAGAAAGAAAAUGUUUCUAGGCCUGGCUACACGGAUGUCCAGAGACAGGAGAACACAGAGGGCUACAGCAGAGUGAAAGAGGUGGAAGGUGAUAGUAUGAUCAUCGUGCAGAAACAAAUCUUGUCUUCUGACACCUACUAUAAAGAGAAUGGCAACAAUUCCACAGACUGUGACCUGCAGAUGCCAAGAGGCCUGACUGGAUUUAGUAAAGUGGGAGUGUGCGCAGAACUCGACAGUGGAUACGUAGAUACUACUCCUGUUACACAUUUGAUGUGAAGUUUAUCAUUUUUAUGUGCAGUGUCCAAUCCAAAUGAAAAUGAUCUCGGGUGUAAAAUUUUUGAAAAUGAUAUACAAUAGUAUCAUGACAGAAGCAACACACAUUCAUCGCAAUUGACUGUUGCUCGAGAAAAAAGUAAUUGCAUUCUAAUAUUCAGUGUUAAAGUGAUCUGUCUGUAUUUUUUUGGUGAUCUUCUGACUUUUUUAAAGCACCGCAAGCAGGGAGACAUUUUUAAUUCCAAGUGAAAACUAAAAAAAAAAACAGAAGUCUUGACCCUUAAAGCAGACAUUCAUAUUAGAGAAUGACUGUUGCUGGAGUGUAUUUGACAUAUCAAGUUUCCAUGUCAUAUUCACUUUGAAAAUGUUUAUUGAAAGUUUGUUUCAUGAUAAAAGAAAAGAUGAAUUUUUGAAACAGU